AUGAAGGCAAAGAAGACAAAUAAGAAGUUUGAUUUCAAGGUGUUCACCGACACCGGUCCAAAAAAAAAGUCUGAUUACGGAUGGGAUGUUGACAUCACAAAGAUGUUGGACUACUCAUCUGCAGUAGCCGUUCUCGGAUUCUCACUCAUCUUAUCCAUCCUAAGAACCUUUGAUGUUCGGGUGGAGACUGCAAGAGUCAUGGUAUCCGCUCCAGUACUAGCUUUAGUCACCACCCACGUACUGUGCAUUAACUUCUACAAACUUUACUAUGGUUGGAACAUGAUUGUGUGUGUGGCCAUGGGAGUCGCUCAGCUUUUCCUAUGGGCAAGAUGGGCAGCUGUUUCUAGGCAUCCUUCUAAUUGGAAACUGUGGGUGGUUGUGAUAGCUUCAGGUUUAGCUAUGCUUUUAGAGAUAUAUGACUUCCCUCCGUAUGGAGGCUACUUCGAUGCUCACUCUAUUUGGCACCUCGCCACUGUUCUUCUAACCAUUCUCUGGUGGAGCUUUAUUAGAGACGAUGUUGAGUUCAGAACUUCCAGUCUUCUCAAGAAAUCUAAGACAAAGGCGAAGUAA